AUGACGGCCACCGGUUCGAAACGGCGGAAGCUGGCCCAUCACUCGUCCGACGAUGAGGCGCAACCUGCCGCUACUUCCAGGAGAGCCCAGAAGGACUUCUUCAAGCAUGCAUCCAAUUGGGACCUUGAGCAGGACUACGCGUCGCGCCGCAAGAAGGGAAAGAAGAACGCCAAAGAGAGCACGAAGCUUCCUCAGAUCCGCUCCGCAGAUGGGCGCGUAGAAAUUGUGCGACAAGUCGAGCCCGAAGAGGACGCCGCAUCCGUCCAGAGCGACAACGAGUGGCUCGAGGGUCGCGAGGAUGAUAUCGAGUCCGAGCCCGAGGAACUUGAGGAGGAGGAGGAGGAGCAGAAGCCCCAAGUCCCAGAGCCGCAGCAAAUUCUCGAGGCUCAGGAAGAGCUUGCCAAACUCGCCAGUUCGAUCAACGAGAACCCCGAAGAGAACAUCGGCGCGCUCAAGACCAUCGCCGCCCUUGGCCAGUCCAAGAUCCCAACGAUCCAGAUGCUGGCGCUCAUGACGCAGAUGACUGUCUACCAGGACAUCAUUCCCGGCUAUAGGAUACGCCCACAAACAGAAGAUUCCUCCAAGGAGAAGAUAUCCAAGGAGGUCCGUCAGAUGAGGCAGUUCGAACAGAGCUUGGUGUCCGGUUACCAAGGCUACGUCAAGGAGCUUGCGCGCUGCGCCAAGUUCGAGACAAAGCCCGUGCGAGGUGGGCAGAGUGUCGCAAACGUUGCAGUAACUUGCGCGUGCUCCCUCAUCACCAAGGUCCCGCACUUCAACUUUCGGUCAGACGUCGUCAAGAUCCUCGUGGGCAAGCUUAGCCGGAGAAAAAUCGACGAUGAUGCCGUCAAGUCUCAAAAGGCGCUGGAGGAACUGUUUCGCGACGAUGAGGAGGGAAGGCCAUCUCUCGAGGCGGUGUCGCUGCUCACAAAGAUGAUGAAGGCGCGGGAGUUCCAGGUCGACGAGAGCACCGUCAACCUGUUCCUGAGCCUCAGGCUUCUGUCCGAGUUCUCGGGCAAGGCGUCUCAGGACCGAGUGGAGAGGUCCGCCGAGGACCUGGCCAAAGUCAAGAAGAACAAGAGGGAGUUUCGCACCAAGAGGGAGAGAAAGGCGAUCAAGGAGCAAAAGGCGCUCGAGAAGACCAUGGCCCAGGCCGACGCCCUCGUCAGCCACGAGGAGCGCGACAGGAUGCAGUCUGAGACUCUCAAGCUCGUCUUUGCUACGUACUUCCGCAUCCUCAAGAUGCGCGUCCCCCACCUCAUGGGUGCCGUUCUGGAGGGUCUAGCGAAGUACUCCCACCUCAUCAACCAGGACUUCUUUGGCGACCUGCUGGAAGCACUCAAGGAUUUGAUACGCCACAGUGACGAGGACGCCGAGGGUAAGCCCGAAGAUGAUGCCGAAAACGAAGAGGAUGAUAAGGACCUUCCAGAGCGAAACCUCACUCGCGAGGCGCUUCUCUGCACCGUCACGGCCUACGCCCUGCUGGCCGGUCAAGACGCCCACAACUCCCGCCACGAGCUCCAUCUCGACCUGUCCUUCUUCACCACACAUCUCUUCAAGUCUCUCCUCCCGCUCGCCACCGCGCCAGACCUCGAAAACACCCGCCUCAGCACCUCUUCCUCUUCUGCCGCAUCCGCCACCUCCAAGGUCAACGUCCAGACCACCACCGUCCUGCUCCUCCGCUCCCUCACCGGCAUCCUCCUCCCCGCGUACAACGUCCGCCAGGUCCCGCCCCUGCGGCUCGCCGCCUUUACCAAGCAGCUCACCUCCACGGCACUGCACCUGCCCGAGAAAUCGACGCAGGCCGUCCUGGCUUUGCUCGGCGAUAUCGCCCACACGCACUCCAAGAAGAUCAACAGCCUGUGGAACACGGAGGAGCGCAAAGGCGACGGCAAGUUCAACCCUUUGAGCGACUCUGUCGAGGGCAGCAACCCGUUUGCUUCGACGGUCUGGGAAGGGGAGCUGCUCAGGAAGCACUUUUCGCCAAAGGUGAGGGAAGGGGUCAAGAUGUUGGAGAAGAGCAUGACAAGUUAG